UAACAUUCAGUCUCAUCUCACCCAACGUCAAUAAAUAUUUUUAUAACAAUUAAAAAAGUUUUUCUAUUCAAAUUGUGAUAAUUCAAUUAUAACAACAACAAUUGUUUAUCUAUAAAUUAUAAACAAAAUAAAUAAAGACAAUAUGAGUUUACGUUGGAUACAAGAAAAUAAAACAGCACCAACAUGUGAUGAAGAAUCAAGUGACAUUGAUGAUUCAGCUACUGAUGAUAGUUAUGAUUCAAAUUCAUCAAGUGAUGAAAAAAAUAAUAACAUUAAAAAAACAAGAAUAAAACGUAAUACAACAAGACACUCAACAACAACAGUGACAUUUGAUGAAAAUGGGAAAGGUGUUUAUGAUACAAAAGACAUUCUUGAAAUAAUACGUCCUUGUGUUGCUUGGGAUCCUCGUAAAUCAAUUCAAAAUCCAGCAUAUAAAUGUGAAUUAAUUAAAUUAUUUUGUCGAACUGGUUAUCAUCUUUCAAUUUCACCAGCUGGUCGUGUUCGUGGUGUUAUCAAUAUCAACGAUCAAAUUGGAUAUUUUCAAGUAUUUAAUAUUACCCUUGGAAUAAUUAAAAUUAAAAAUCCAGAAACUGGACAUUAUUUGGCAUUUAAUAAACAAGGACAUUUAUAUGGCGAGAUGAAGGAGGAUAAAGACAACACCGAGUGGGAACAGUGGAGUAUUGGAUCAUAUGAGGCAUUUAGAUCUCACAAAUAUGCAUCAGAAGGAUGGUGGCUUGGACUAAAAAAAAAUGGAAGAACAAAACCAGGAGGAAAAACUGUCUGGGGACAAAAAGCAAUCCAAUUUUUAGUUAUUGGAAAAAGCUAAUAAGAUCAGCAGUA